AAUCAUCAAAACAGAAAAAAAAAACAACAAUUAAAAAAAAGACUAUUUCCAAUUUUCCACCUGUAUUAUGGGCCAAUCCCCCUCCUCCCACGCGCCGCCGCCUGCCGGUGUAUCCAACUACCGUCCGGUCACUCCUCCACCGUCUUCCUCCGCCGCCACGUCAGAAAUUCAUUCUCGUAAACACUCGCAAGAGGAAUCUGAUGAGUUAUCCGAUUCAAUAAUCGAUUAUUCUUCUGAAAUUCCUGACGAUUGUUUAGCCCUAAUUUUCCAGUUCGUAACUUCCGGCGACCGGAAACGCUGCUCGCUUGUAUCCAAACGGUGGCUACUGGUCGAAGGUCAAAGCCGCCACCGUCUCACACUCAACGCACAAUCGGAACUCCUUCCGAUCAUUCCGUCACUGUUUUCACGGUACGAUUCUGUAACAAAACUCUCUUUACGUUGCGACCGUAGAUCCGUUAGCUUAAACGACGCCGGAUUGAUUCAGAUCUCUCUCCGGUGCCGGAACCUCACGCGCGUUAAACUACGCGGCUGCCGAGAAAUCACCGAGUUAGGUAUGGCAGCGUUAGGUAAUACCUGUAAAAAUUUGAAGAAAUUCUCAUGUGGAUCUUGUAAUUUUGGCGCCAAAGGAUUAAACGCGUUUUUAGAUAAUUGUUCUUCACUUGAGGAACUAUCGGUUAAGCGUUUACGUGGUAUAGAUGAUGGUGGAGCACCGGAGCCGAUCGGUCCCGGUGCAAGUGAUGGCUCACUCAGAUCUAUAGUUCUUAAGGAGCUUUAUAACGGUCAGUUGUUUGGACCGUUGAUUUGCGGUGCGAAGAAGCUGAAAACGUUGAAGUUGAUUCGGUGUUUAGGCGAUUGGGAUAGGAUAUUGGAGACGAUAAGCGAUUAUGAUAGUUCAGAUAGUUCAUUAGUUGAAGUUCAUUUGGAGAGAGUUCAGGUGAGUGAUAUAGGUCUUUCGGCGUUAUCUAAGUGUGCAAAUUUGGAGAUUUUGCAUAUGAUUAAGACUCCGGAUUGUACUAAUACCGGUGUUAUGGAAGUGGCUGAGCGUUGUAAGUUGUUGAGAAAGGUUCAUAUUGAUGGGUGGAAGACGAAUAGGAUCGGAAAUGAGGGUUUAAUCGCAAUUGCGAAGCAUAGUGUAAACCUGCAAGAGCUGGUUUUGAUUGGAAUUAACCCUAGCUCGGUUAGCUUAGAAGCUAUCGCGAUGAAUUGUAAGAAACUGGAAAGAUUGGCCCUGUGUGGAAGUGAGACAAUAGCGGAUAGUGAGAUUUCUUGUAUCGCGUCGAAAUGUGUUGCGUUGAAGAAGUUGUGUAUUAAAAGGUGUCCUGUUUCGGAUGAAGGGAUCGAGGCAUUUGCUUUUGGUUGCCCGAAUUUGGUUAAGAUUAAGGUGAAGAAAUGUAGGAAUGUGACGGGAGAAGUUGGGGACUGGCUAAGAUCUAAGAGGGGAUCUUUGGUUGUUAAUUUGGAUGUCUGUGCAGCUGAAGUUGAAAAUGUGGAUGCACAAGAGGAGCCAGUGGAAUUUUCGGCUACAAUGAACCAGGAGUCUCUGGCUACUAGCGCUAGUGGCCGAGGAUCCAUUUUCAGGACACGGUUUGGGGUUUUGGGAGGUAGGGGUUUUGUGACUAGCACUUUCAGGAGAUGGUCAGUUGGUAACAGCAGCUCCAAUGGUAACUUAUGAACUGUAUCUUACAAUGUGAACCACAAUCACCAAUUGUUCUUUCUAUUUAAUCAUACUGUAAUUUAUGCACCACGUAAAUUACUUACAAACAAUCAAUUGUUUUCUUUUUCGUUUACUUUGUAUACCUCGUAAAUUACUUCGUAAUCUUUGUGUCAUUGUUUUCUUGAUGUAUAUCAAUUUUAUGAAUGCAAUUUCUUAUUUAAUCC